GAGGAGAUCCAGGAGGUGAAGGAGGAAGGAAACCUGGAUGCGCUCUUUAAUUCACUGGAUAAGAUCGAGGAGGAGGCAAAGAGCCAGGAAGAGCCGGCGUGGCGUCCCAGUGGGAUCCCGGAAGAGGACGUUCGCAGCGCCGUGGUGCCGUACCUCCUUAAGCACCGGGCGUACUUGCAGAAAAUCCUCAAGGAGAAGGAGAAAGAGAACAGGAAGGCAGCGGAGUCUGUGCUGGCGGGGCGGGACAGGAUCGCGGAACUGCAGCAGCUGAUAGAAGCUCGCAAACGCGCCUGGCAGGCCGUUUGUAAAGAGCAACGAGAACUCCUCAUGACGUUCCAGGAGCCCCAGUGA